GAGAGAGAGAGAGAGAAUAAAUGGUGAGGGAAACUGGAACAACCGAAAAUUAUUUCGUAUCUUUCAGUAUGUUCGAAAUUUUGGUUGUGACGGGUUGUUGUAACUUAUUAUUUUUCUGAAUGCAGCUACACGAGCUGUCGCUUGAACUUUUCCAUAGUAAUAUUCAUGGUAAAUGAAAAAUCUCAUGCUCUUAUCGUAGCAUGUAUCUCUAUACGAUAAAUCACAUAAAGAUCUUCGAUUAAUUGGCCUACAUAAUCUGCUCUGAUAUAAUUAUGAAUUUACAAACGCUUUUUCAAGACUUCAAUCCAAGUAAAUUUCUGGUACAUUCCUGUUUGAUGAUAUUUACAUCCCUAUUUGCUCUUCGACUGGAUGGUUUUAUAGAAUGGAGUUAUUGGUCGAUAUUCAGUCCAAUAUGGUUUUGGAAAGGUAUGGUAAUUCUGGGAGCUGUAGUAGGAAGUUAUGUCUGGUGGAGACAUCCUCACGCAAGAUUGGAAGGAGAUGCCUAUGUACAUUACAAAGCGAUGUUGAUAACCCUGGCAUUACAUUUAAUUCUAUUAAUGUUUGAAUUGUUGGUGUGCGACAAGUUAGAGUCCGAGAGACAUUUGUGGAUACUUGUAUUCAUACCUUUGAUAUUCAUCUCGAUAGUAUCCAUCGCAGUUUGCAUCUGGGCUGUAAAACACGAUCGAUCGUUUGAACUCGAGUUAUUCUGCGCAGUGAAUGUAUUACAAUUUAUAUUUUUGGCCCUGAGAUUGGAUGGUUUUAUAACUUGGAGCUGGGAAGUUGUGUUCGUGCCAGUAUGGGCACUCCUUUGUUUAUCCUUAGUGGCUGUUUUAUAUGCAAUAGUGUUUGCCGCUGUUUUAUUAAGAACGCCUCAGAUUAAUGCUCGUCAAAGGCGGACCUCCUUGAAUUCAGCAUUAGCUUAUACAUUUCUCGUUGUUCCCGUAUUAAUAUUCCAGGUACUACUAGCAAAUAAAUUGGAUGGAGAUAUUUCAAUAAAUUAUACAACAGUAGUGAUGCCCCUCCUUGUGUCACAUAUGACUCUUAUAUUCAUGUCCUUUGGUGAAGGUGGAAAUAGAUGGUGGUUUGGUAUCAGAAAAGACUUUUGUCACUUCCUACUAGGUUUAUGUCCAUUGCUUCAAGAAUACGGUAAUAUUUCAUACCAACCGAGAGAUGAACGAGAUCAACCACCAUCUGAGCCAAUGAUUACAGAAAAGGGUGAAAAGCUUAUAAAGAAAAUCGACCUAAUGAAACCUGUUGUGCCUAUAAUCUCUAUAGAUAUGCCUGACUGAUUGGCUAAAAACAGGGUUAACUCCUAUAUCUAAAUAUUAUUUUUAAUGCAAUUGAUUUAUACAGAGGCCAAAUAUCUGAUAUAAAAUAGUCAGGCUUUAUCAAGCCAAGAGAUUAUAUUAAGUGGAUGUGUUGGCUGGGAUACAAGACUGAACACUUUGCAUCUUUAGGAUAGCAGGAUGUUUAAAAAAUUAAAGAAGAAAUCGUAAAAAAAAGCUGGAUAAAUCUAGAAAAGGCAUGUUACUGUUAAUAUUGCUGGACAUUGUAAUAUCAAAUGCCCAAUCAUUUAUUAUAUAUUGUAAUGUAGAAAUAAUAUACAGACUGUUAUAUCACAA